AUGACCAAAGAUACCAGGACAUUCAAAGUGCUCCUGGCAGGAAACUCCGGUGUGGGCAAGACAGCCUUCCUGCACCGAUAUCUCAAAAAAAGAUUCGAGCAUUCGCUACCGGUAACGGCUAACGUUGAGAAACAUGAUAUCCAUCUACACACAACCGUCGGCCCGGUGAGGUACGAGAUCUGGGAUGUCAGCGGCUAUCAGAAACCAAACACUCUGGCAUCAAGGGAAUUCGACGAGAUCGAUGCUGCUAUCAUCAUGUUUGAUCUGACAGAUCGGAUUUCAUACAAUAAUGUGCCCAAUUGGUACCAAAGCCUCGUGAACAAGGACGGGAUGCGCCUCGGGAAGUUUAUUCCCAUUUGUAUCUGCGGGAACAAGAGUGAUGCCUCGGUGGAUGCCAAAUUACCGCCAAAGGCAAUUACGUUUCCCAAGAAGAAAGGAACAGGCUAUGUGGAGAUGUCUGUCAUGGAUCUGGACAACAUACAUGAACCGUUCCUUGAUCUUGCGAGGCAGAUGUUGAGGAACCCUGCCUUGUGGUACAAAUCACCGCCCGAUGUUGGGCCGGCAGUAUUGAGAUUUCAAACGGUGAACCAACGGUGGUCCCAGGAAAACGGAUCCCAAGGUCUUAAAUAUGCAAUUGGGCCCCGCGUCCAGACCAAGGAGAUGCCACCUCCUGAAACUGAAUCACAACCCGCGACGGUAGCAGAUAUUUCGGCUGAAAAGUCCCCAACCGUCAUCGAGUCGCCCAAGAAGGCGGAUACAUCCAACGGGCAACUGAAGUUUAUCAGUACUACCGAUAAAAUACAAAACGGGGUCAAACCGCCUGUAAACGGGACUGUCUCAGUUUCCAAUGAGCCAAAAUUGGCAGUCAAUGGAACCGUCACAGUUGCAGAAGGGGAAACAACAAAGCUCCCUAUCGUGCCUACAGAGGAGCACCGAGUUACGAAGCACCACGAACCGAGAAAGGAGAAUCGCGAACCCAAGAAAGCAUUCGAAUCUCCGGAAAAGCAACCAAACCUUGCUAAGGAUCAAAGCCUCUUCGUCUUGUGCAUCCACUGCAUCAGAAUGGUGCUCAUCAAGUGCAUCCAGGGAACAUCCCUAGCUCAACUAUCCAAUGACAACCCGACUUUUGCCCUCAUCACGACAGCAUGCCGCUCCUGCUGCCUCGACUCGAAAAAGUCUCAGUCGGAAGAAGUGCGCAUGUCUCCCGAUCUGAUUCGGUAUACGGCCAUGUAUGAGUGUGCGCGCAAGGUGGCCGAGGAGGAGGUGGAGGUACUCGCGAACAAAAAGAGUGUUGCGCAUAUUUCUCUUGACAAAUUGACGAACAGUAUUGGCCGCGAAUGUCAGAUUCAGGGGAUUUCCACCAGUUCGGAGACACUGCAGCGGUUAAGGCAGGUGGGGAGGAAGGACGUGUUGUUGGGGUAUGUGCCGGGGGCAUUCCUCUAG